CUUUUGUUCAGGGGCGGAAAUGUCAAACAGUUUAUUAUUUUCUCAGACAAACUUUCACCACCGCGCAGUUGUUUUUAAACUCUAGUCGGUCGGCGUGGCAGGAGAAUCAAGUGUUUUCUCUCGACAUCUCGUGGUGUCAGCUCCAGUCAGGCGCGGACUAGCACAUGCCCUCUGUAACCCUGGUUACCAAGGUUACUCGCGCUGCCAUAAACCACUGACUGCUGUCGCUACUCGACAUUUAACUAACUCGCUUUCAACAAGAUAUGUACGACCACAUCCUACUACAAUAAUGUAUGUGGGCGCAUUAAGACUUUCUGCUUCUUUUCGGUAUAAGUGGGGCUGUUCCCUCUCAUGAAAAUGGCUUUACUGUACGGAAGCCUCUCCAGAAACAGACGCCUCUCUUCUCUCUUCACUCACUUGGCUCGAAACUUUCAGGUGUGUAAAGAAGCUCGUUGCCCUGUCAGGAAGACAUGGCCGGGGUCGUUUCACACAAUCCUUCCUCGCUUGAGAGGCGGUGCAGCUGGAGCAUGUGUUUUACAGCGUGGCAGCGGACGGACAGUGAGUCUCCACCUCCGUCCCUCCAGCCCUGUCCCGGCCCAGUGUGUCCGGCGCCUGCACAGCUCUCCCCCCCUCAGGGCCCUGCCGGCCCCGCUCUUAUGGAUGGUGCUCAAACCCCUGCAGAAGAUUGUAGCUAUACUUCUGGGCAGAAGCUUAAGGAAGUGGUGGGUGGGUUUACCAGUCAACCGCCGGCAGCUCAUACGUGAGUGGGUCCGGAGGCGGCGUUGGCCUCUGGCGGCGGGAGCAGGAGUUGUUAUGGUGAUGGUAGCCCUUCUCCUCCUAACUCAUCUGGAUGAAUCCCCAGUGACUGGUCGGCUCCGUCUUCUGGUGUUCGGCAGAGACAAGUACUUGGAGCUGGCAACUCUAACUUCAGAAGCGUACAUGGAGGAGUUUGGAGAGCAUCUGCUUCCAGAAUCUGACCCUCUUCACCAGAUGGUGAAGCAGCUGGUGCAGCUCCUAGCACAAAGAAACAAGGACAUCCCUGAGGUGGCUGAAAUCACCUGGACUGUCCAUAUAGUGAACAAACCCACGAUCAACGCCUUUGUCCUGCCCGAUGGGAAAGUGUUCAUGUUCACGGGGAUGUUGGAGGCUGUGGCAGAUAUUGACCAGCUCAUCAUUGUCCUGGGACAUGAAAUGGCACAUGCUAUACUGGAGCACUCUGCGGAGCAGGCCAGCCUGUCUCAUGUUGUGGACCUCUUGUCUCUUAUUCUGGUGACAGCCAUCUGGGCCAUGUGCCCGGGAGACAGCCUGGCAGUGCUGGGAUCAUGGGCAAAGGACAAACUCACAGAGCUGAUGUUCAGCCGUCCCUAUAGUCGGAAACUGGAGGCUGAGGCAGACCAAGUUGGACUGCAGUUAGCUGCAAAGGCAUGUGCAGAUGUGCGAGUAGGCCCUGUAUUCUGGCAACAACUCGAGCUUGUAGAUAAACUUUCAGGAGAGCCCACGAUGCCCGAAUGGUUAUCCACGCACCCAUCUCACAGGAACAGAUCCAGCCAAAUGGAGCGUCUCAUACCACAGGCCCUGGAGUUGAGGGAAAGUUGUUCCUGCCCUGCUCUGCCUCCUACCGACCCUCGAGUUGUUUUCUCAGAAACCGUCCGCGUGAUGCUGGAAAAAGUCAAAGACCAGCCAGGAGUAGAGAAAGAAAGAGUGGCCAAGCCCCGACCCUCCGCAGUACCGGUAACAUCGCCAGCAGCAUUGGUCGCCCAAACUGUACUCCCUUCUAUCUCCAAUGUCAGUCAGCCCAGCAAAAGAGAGGUCUCUGCUCCAGGGACACCGAUAGCAGCUCCUGUCCCUGCUGCAACGGAGAAGGAAGGAUCCCAGCAUGCCCCGCACAACACCAGGCAACAGGGGCGUUAAAUCCCCACAAAUCUUCAACAAACGUGACUGACUGUACUGGAAUAUUUACUACAGCAGAGAUCCUUUUUUUUAAAUUCCCAAUUACAUUAAAGUGUAACAGAGGGUAUAGCGGGGGACAGACAUCUAAAAAAAGGUGGUUGUGAUUGCCCGUAACCUCGGAGAAAAUAAGGGUAAAAAGUCGGCAAGACCAAACUGAGAUAAUAUUGAGCAAGUAAGGUUUGUAUCAUUUAAUAAAACAUCCAUACAUCAUGACAAUAAUGUUUUCUUGACACGUGCCACUUAAUGAGAGUAUGCGCUUGUUUGAACAUGUGAGAAGCUGCGUCCAUUGCAUGAUAAAGACUUUUGCAUUUUUAUAGCAUCUGCUGCAUUCUUAUGCAACGCACACUUCGUAGACGUUUGCAUUUUUUAGCCUGAAGGACUUAAUGGGGUAAAUGUAUGAAGGCUUGUUUUAAAACACAGCUCUCUGCACAGGAAAGCCAAUAUCGACUGUCAAGCUUUGAGAAAUCUUUCAUGGUGGGGUUGGUUUUUUUUUCCUUUUCUUUUCAAAUCUUAUUUAACAAGGCAAGUGGAGUAAGAACACAUUGAUAUUUACAGAAACAGCCUGGGGGAGCAGUCAGACACUGAAGAGGAGGGAAAAGUUCUGAUGCAAAUGGAGCGAGAAUCUUUUAUAUGUGUGUGUGUUUGUGUUUGUGUGUGUGUGCGCAUGGUGAAAUACACAGUAAGAUCAAAUGCUGCAACUGUGUUUUCAUAAGUGAUAAAUUAUUUCAUUUGUGUGAUGCCGUUAAGGUGCUAAGCUUGAAUCGGCUUACAAAACAUCAGUUAAGAGGCUUCCGCCUGCUGGGGAAGGUUUUUCUCAUCAGCCAGGAAAUGUCUUUGUCUGUAAUAUAUUAAGUGAUUGCUGUUGUGCACAACAAUCCAGUGUCAACCAAGAGAGAUAUUAAAGUUUUUGUCAUUUGGUAAU